AUGCUCUUGCUACGUGCUGAGCUCCGCUAUCAGGUCCACGACGCUUUGCCACAUGACUGCCCUCUUGUCAAGCGCGGCGCUCGACCGUGUGCGCAAUGCGCCAGGGGAACCGCGCCCUUCGCCCCACCGGCCCAACCACGCUGGGGCGCCGAUCUCGACUUCCUUUGCGUCCUGUACGACUCCUGGCGCAGGAUGGAGCUCACGCGCAGAGCCGGGGCCCACGUACGACGAAGAGGUUUCCAAACCAGCGUCGACCUCGUCUGCCAGGCCACGGGGGCCCAACUCCGAUCCGCCUUCGAAUCCAUGGGUGAGAGAGCCGGCUUCCGUGAGUGCUUGCUUUCAGACAACGCUCCCGCCUCGUUGCGGGAGGCCGUGCGAAACCUCCUCUUCUUCAGCAGCGACGUUGUCGGUUCCGAGGGUGCUCGUCAACAGCUUCGCCACGAGCAGAUGGGGGACAUGCUCCGAUUCGGCGGCAUAGGAGGCUUCCUCACCCCGAACGUCGCAGACACCCGGAACCCUUUAGUGGUGAUCCUCCAUGCCGGUUCCCUCAACCACACCAGCGGAGGCGGGAUGAACAUGAUCGCAUCGUUGAGCGGCGCCAUCGAGGAACAAGCGCGCCUCAGCACGCAUUCCCACAUGGUGUUCCAUUUCGUCAACCGAACGUCUCAAUCAUGGUUGCGCUCCGUCCUCCGCAAGGACACGGCCGAGGCGCGAUCGACCCUGCAACGUUGGCAGCGCGCUGUGCUCCAAGCCGUCGAGGCCUUGCAGAUUACAUCUUCCGCUACUGUCCCAUUGCACUUCGUGGGCCGCGCCUCAGAAGCUCCACCCCUCAAAAGCACGCCUUACCUUGAGAGGUGGCAGCGCGAGGACAAGUUCGACGGCGACCUCGAGGGCGACCGAAGGGGCCCUACCAGGCGACGACUUCUCGUUCCUCCAGCGCCCGCCUUCGUCGACCAUCAUGUCCAGCGCUACCUGCAGACGCAGCGCGACGCGAACGCAGGCACCCCAGUUCGAGAACGUGCCCUUCCUUUGACGGGCGCGACACUUUCAAAGCUCCCGCACUACCGCAUCCUCCCAGAGAAGCAACCAUCGUGCACAUGCGUCGGCUGCGCGGCGAGGUCUCAGGUCUUCGCGACCAGCGCCCGCGACGAUGCGGCCACGCGAGCCGAAGCUGCGGCUUACGCGGCUGCGUUGGCAGAAGACCACUGGAACAUCAGCAGCCUCAGCGGCCGCAUCCAUCAGCACCAUGACACAUGCUUCAAAUACAUUGAGGAUGGCAUCUCUCGCAAGCCUCAACACUGCCGUUUCGGAUUCGUGCAGUUCGUCAGGCUCUGGCUACCGUCCACCGCCGAUCGCCUAGGUCAAGGUGAGGCGAAGGGGCGGGUUGUAGAACGGCUACUGGCCCGCGUGGGAAAGGAGCCACAGUUGCCACGAGUACGUGGCCAGCCUCCUGUAGACACCCAGUCCAUGCCUAUCCUGGCCGACACUGGAUUGUUCACCGAUGGCUCCCUUGGUGCCAGCGUCGAGACCGACGACAGGCAGGCCCGCCGUGGGCGCAUCAAUGCAGUGCGGUUCAAUCCCAGAGAGGGCAGCACGACAAUGGCAGGAAAGGUUGCCCACAGAGGGAAUUUGGAUUACCAGCAUUGUCGCCGCACCCUCACGGACGGGUAUGAGCGCGACAACUCCGAGGAUUAUACCUUCGGCCAGAUACCCCGCUAUCUAAGCGACCAG